CCGACAGCAUCCACUGUUUUGAAUGAAAGGGGAUAGAGGUUGCCUUUUAUACAGCGCGACGACACUGUCAUUAAUUGUCAAUUAUUCACCAACGCAACCAAGUUGCAACUUUCCAAUCAGUAAUUAUACAUUUUCGUGUGUUUUUGCGCAAGUACUGCAUUACACCGAAGGCAAGUGAACGCACCAAUAUCUGAGAUUAGGCAGGUUGACAGCGAAGGUCCGCAGCAGCUCAACUGCAUACAAAAAGCUACUCAUUCAAACCACCGGAACUACUGUCCAUCAUCUCGCAGGCUCUCGUCGCGUCCGUAAAGGAAGAUGGACUGGACGAACUGAGGAAGGAGCAGAGUUGCCACCACUUGCUGAGAAGGAUGAGGUCCUUUGAUGUGGAGUGCGAUCCUGGUCUGAUGAAUGUCCUCCUGCUCUGAUAUUUCUAUGUGCCUUUCUCCUCAGCCUAAGUCACAGAUCUCCCCUGAGAGACGGAACAAUCAAGUCCAAUCUAUCAGAGCCUCGCCUUGUCUUGUUCCACUUGCGGUGUAACGGCACUCACCGACAUCAAAGCUCUUUCUCAUUCUACCUGUAUCACCUGUCUGUUUUUGUUUGCGUCGGGGAUGACUAUUGCCUAACAGCUAUCAGCCUGUGUAUCUAUUAGCUCAGGAGAAGUCCAACUAAUACAGGACAUGGAGGACUAUGAAGUUCGCUCAGCUGCCAGCAUCUUGGCGUCAGUGAAAGAACAAGAGGCCCGUUUUGAGCAGUUAACCCGAGCCCUCAAGGAGGAGCGUCGCACUCUGCAGCUUGGGCGGGCCAAUGCGCCACCCAAUCCUCCCAGCAGCCAACCGUUAGCAUGGCAGCAAGUGGUGAUGCAGGAGCAGAGCCCCAGCAACGCCACUUCUCUGGCCAUGAUGCAGGAGCCGCCGGAAGUGGUGGAAGAGACAGUCACCAUAGAGGAGGACCCCGGGACCCCUACUUCCCAUGUUUCGGUGGUCACUUCGGAUGAUGGGACCACACGCCGCACAGAAACCAAGGUGACCAAAGUGGUCAAAACUGUUACCCUCUGCACCUAUCAUUCAGUACCAGUGACAGAGAGCUUGGUAGUGGAGUCAAGGCCUGCCACUAGGACACCCACACCAGUCUCCAUCUUCAACAGUCCUCCAUAUGACGCAGAGCCAGUGACCAAAAUGGUGAAGACGGUGACCACACGGACUGUGCGUCAGGUUCCUCUUGGCCCUGAUGGCUUGCCCAUGCCAGAGGGUUCAUCCCCAUUGGGAAGCUACACCGACUCCAUUGACCGGCGUUAUAUCAAGAAUGGGGGCGAUCGCUUCAUCACGCCUCAAGCCUCAUCCACCUUGACACGCUCUUACAACAACUCCUACAAUGAUUCCUACGGUGAGACGCCAGAGAGUCAGUACAUUCGCCACUACGGUCUGCAUGACGGCUACACUGAUUUGGCGGACAACUACGGCAGCCUGUCACGAGGCGUCAACUUCCGUCCGCCUCGCUACCCCUACAUGCCGAAUAGCUACCGGCCAGAGAACAGCUAUACACUGCCCAUUCGUAAGGAUGACUAUGGCCAUGUGGCCCAACCCCAGGUGCCUAUGGGUAGCAGCACUGUUGACCUGAAUCGCUCCCAGCCUGAGCGCUUUCAGGCCGAACCAUAUGGCCUGGAAGAUGAUCGUCGCAGCUUUGGCCCUGAGGAUGAGGAGCCAUAUGAGCUCGAACCUGACUAUUCCACCGCUAACCGACGCACACUAAAAGGAGCCAACCGGGGUCGCACCCAUAGGGAACCACUUCGUGAUGGGCCCAGAGUCAGAGGCUACCCAGAAGAGCCCAUUGAUACAGAGCUGAUUGAUGAACGCCAUCCGUACAUCCAUGGCAUGUAUUGUGCGCCACUGGCGCAACCAGAGCGAGGGAGCAUGGCCAGUCUGGACCAUAUGGGAGGUCGCCGUUCACCUUCAAUUGAUAGCAUUCGUAAGGAUCCACGUUGGCGUGAUCCGGAUCUACCAGAGGUUAUCGCCAUGUUGGGCCACCCCAUUGACCCUGUCAAGUCCAAUGCUGCUGCCUAUUUGCAGCACCUCUGCUAUGAAAAUGAUAAAAUCAAAAAGGAUGUGCGCCAGCUGAAGGGAAUUCCUAUCCUGGUGGGACUACUGGACCACCCCAAGUCUGAGGUCCACCGCAAAGCUUGUGGUGCCUUACGCAACAUCUCCUAUGGCAAGGACAAUGACAAUAAGGUGGCCAUCAAAACCUGUGAUGGUAUUCCUGCUCUCAUUCGCCUCCUGAGGAAGACUAAUGACAUGGAGGUUCGAGAGCUCAUCACUGGGACUCUUUGGAACCUGUCCUCCUAUGAACCCUUGAAGAUGGUCAUCAUAAACCACGGCCUCCAAACAAUGACCAACGAGGUCAUCAUCCCGCACUCUGGGUGGGAGCAUGAACCAAAUGAGGACUCAAAGCCACGUGAUGCAGAGUGGACCACUGUCUUCAAAAACACCUCCGGGUGCUUGAGAAACGUAAGCUCAGAUGGGGCCGAGGCUCGGCGCAGACUGAGAGAGUGUGAUGGAUUGGUGGAUUCCCUGCUGCAUGCCCUCCAAUCAGCUGUAGGGAAGAAGGAUAUGGAUAAUAAGUCUGUGGAGAACUGUGUCUGUAUUAUGAGGAACCUGUCCUACCAUGUCCACAAAGAGGUGCCAGGAGCCGAAAGGUUUCAGGACCCGUCAGCACCACAGGCUCCUGGCUCCGGAGGGCCACAGAGAAAGAAGAAGGAUGAUGCUGGCUGCUUCGGAGGGAAAAAGGCCAAAGAGGAAUGGUUUAAUCAAGGUAGAAAAAAUGGUGAGAAUGACAAAAACUACGACACAUUGGAUCUUCCCAAGCGUACUGACCCGACGAAAGGUUUUGAGCUUCUUUAUCAACCAGAAGUGGUAAGACUUUAUCUUUCUCUGCUGACCGAGAGCCAAAACUUCAACACCCUGGAGGCUGCUGCUGGCGCUCUGCAGAACCUUGGUGCUGGGCAAUGGACUUGGUCCAACUACAUCCGGGCAACAGUGCGUAAAGAGAAAGGUCUCCCCAUACUGGUAGAGCUGUUACGCUCCGAUUCCGACAAGGUAGUCCGAGCUGUGGCCAUCGCCCUGCGCAAUCUCUCCAUCGAUCGUCGCAACAAGGACCUCAUUGGAAGUUACGCCAUGAGGGACCUGGUCAGUAACUUGCCCAGCGGACAGCAGCGACCAGCCAAGAACUUAGAGGAGGAUACCGUGGUCGCCAUCCUCAACACCAUCCACGAAAUUGUCACAGACAGCUCGGAAAACACCCGGUCUCUCAUUCAGGCCCAGGCCAUUGAGAAACUAGUCGCUAUCAACCGGACCAGCCAAUCACCCAGAGAAACAAAAGCUGCAUCUCAUGUGCUGCAGACUGUGUGGAGUUAUAAGGAAUUAAGGAACGCUUUGACAAAGGAUGGCUGGAACAAGAGCCAUUUUCAGCCCACGAUGACAGCAACCCCUAAAGCAACCAAGAAUGGCAAAACGGGUUAUGAUGAUACAACUCUGCCCCUUAUGGAGAAGAACCAAGAUGGGUACGCCACCAUUGACCAGAGGGACAAAGACUGCAAGUACAAGACAGGUGAUAGUUCAGUGGACCUGACAGAGCGGGAGCCAGUAAAGAAUGACACAAGUAGGAAACACUAUAUCAGGAGUAAUAGGCCUGCAGUCAGUCUGGUGGACGCUUGUGACGUUAAUCCACAGCCUGUUGAUUCCUGGGUCUAAGUGCAUGCAUGGCUUAAAAGAGCAACAUAGUGAGACUACAGGAGGAUCUCUCACAUCACCACUGCCAUUUCAUACGGAGCUUGUUUGGAGAUGAAUUUUGUACAGAUAGAGGAUUAGAGUAAUAAUCAAUCAUUAUCAGGACAACGACUACCCAGCAGCAGCCAGCGAUUUCGCUUUAAAAAGUAAAAAAUAAAGAUACGGAGUGACUGUUCCUACAACUUUUACAUUUCUACAUUGCCACUGGACAGCAUGUGAAUUCUUCAGUGUUGGCUGCUUGGUGAGAUCUCCUGGUGACAUCAAGGCUUUCAAGGUUGACAAUGCAAAGGAAUGGAUUUGAGAAUGGGAGGAAGGGACUGUGAAGGGGAAAUGAAUGUGUGUUGAAAGAAAAAAGGAAUACUUUGAUUUUGGCUUUGUUCUAAAGCUGGCCGUUUGAAAAGAUUGUGCGAUUUUGUCCGAGUUAUUUCAAUUUGUUGUGUAAGUUUGGUAUUUUUGAUAUGGGCGGUGUGGAUUGGCUGAUUGAUUGAUUGAUUGAUUGAUUGAUUGAUUGAUUGAUUGAUUGAUUGAUUGAUCGAUCGAUUGAUUGAUUCAUUGAUUGCGUCACUGGAUGUUAGUUUUGGUUAAGGUAGGGGUGGUAAAAAAGAGAAGCUGUAGCAUAGCGGACAAACAGACACCUCGAAAGUCAUCCAACCACAGUCCAUUUGGUUCACUGUGUUUGAAGAAAACUGCACUGGAAUGCUUUGGUAUAAGAGGUUUAUAUUAUAAAGUGAGGAUUCUGAAAGUUGUGCUCUGGACAGUAGAAAGUGAUGGAUGGCGGGUGGGCAUCGAAUGGAGCAACAUCUCAAAAAUUACUUGAUGUACAGAAUAUAUGUCCUGUAAAUGAACAACACCUGCAGAGACGGUCUUCAAGUGGUUGGAAAGCAGGCAGCAUAACAUGACAACACAGUCGCUUGGGUUUUCUGCUCACUGGCUCUUUGAUUUGUAUAAAAGGAAAUAAGGCAUUUUGCUUAGAAAGAUGGCAAAAAGACACAAUAUGGUUGUUCUGUUAAAAAAUAUAAAUCUUUUUUUUUUUUGGUCAAAUUUUACAAACGUGUACAGGAUAUUAGGGUCAAAAAUGACAAAAAGGCCAAUCUCUUAGUUGUAUAUUAUUACCACAUUAUUUGGAAAACACAUUGGAUUGGAAGGAGGUAACAACCACAUAAUUUACAUGUGCCAAGUUACUUAGACCAUUGCUUAUUUAUAUAUUGUAAGUAAAAAGGAUUUUAAAAAUGAUCAUUCAUAAGGCAAAAAAAAUUUGUUUUAUGACAACUUCUGCAUUUGGGUGGAGGGUCAGUGGUCAAGAAAAAAAAUCCGUUAUAAAUAUAAUUUUUACUAUUCCUUUAUUUUUACCGUGUUACAAUCAAGCACUCGUUAGUGCUUCUUAAAGUUAAAUGUUCCUGUAUACAUGAAAAAAAAGUGUACAGAUGUUCAUAUUCUUUUAAAAUGCCAUUUUGUGGUGAUUUCAACUAAUCCAUUGACAUGAGGCAAAAGAAAAGCAGAAUGGACAAAAAUCGUUCAAGGCAAACUGAAAGGUCACACUGUAUAAAGUCAAGUAUAAAAAGAGUCGUAUAGAAUAUAUUUUUUACAAAGUAUCAUGGUGGACAACUUUGACUUGGAAAAACAGAGUGACAUAAAGUCAAUUAGCCAUUUCCCUCGUGCUUGGUAAGACCACUCACAAACGUGUGUGCUAAUGUGUUCUCCAGCAUCAGUCUCUCAGAGUCAGCAUAUACUAGAGACGGAAAUUCCGUAUCACUCGUGUCACCCUAGCGAAUGGCAUGUGCCUGCAUUGACGUUUUUCUCUGUGACGUGAUUUUAUACAAGCUUGCGUUUACACAAUGUUUACAAAGAUGUGUGUUGUGGUAAAAUACAAUAAACUACAAAUAAAUGUAUAACUCUUAAUUCCAGAAGUUAAAACCAUCUAAUGCUACCCUGCAUCCUUUUUUGUCCCCCAGAAUUGUGUUUUCAUUUGGACAGUACUGAAUUAUCUUAAAAAAAAAACAAAAAAAAAAAACAUUAUGGGCUGUCUCUGACUGCCUCUGCAGCACCACAACCAAAGGAAUUGUACUGAACAUUUGUUAGUUUAUUGGUUUUCUGGUUGUGUGACACAUUGAUUAAAUAAAAAGCCACACAACUGUACUGUUAAAUACGAAAGGACACAGGCACACAAUGAAUCAAACCUACCUGUGUAGAUAGAACUGAUUCAAGUUUGUCAAAAUAAUCUUGGUGUAUAUCUCAGUAGCCAAUGUGUUGUAUGCCUAUCAUGUGCCUUAAUCUUUUCCAUGGUAGAUACAAAUGUGUGUUUUGUAUACCUUCUUUCCCUUCAACUGCCAUAUCUCGAGAAUCUGUCUGAAUUCCUCCCUUCAUCUCACAUGUGUCAUUGUCCCUCCCACGUGUUCCCCCAAGUAGUUUAGAUUGGCGUUGGGUUUCUGCCUUGUAAUACAUUGUAUAAUAAACUUUUACAAAAGUUAGUCAUUCAAGAUGAUUACAUCUUUUUUCCUAGAGAAGUUCAGUUGCUAAUACUUUAGUAGCGAGCAGAAGCGAUGCCACAGUGACAGAAUGUAUUACUUUCAUUUUACUAAUACCCACAUGCAAAUACUAUUAAGCUUGUUCAACAUAAUUGAAACAUGAUGGUUUGUAGAGUAUAUAUUUGGUGUGUUUACAAUAAAUCAUGCCUGGAAAGAA